GUCAAGUAAUAAAUACAAUUAAAAAAAAAUGGAAAAAAUACCUAGCAUCAUGAACCGGAUUGAAAAUAACCGGUCCGGUAGGCGACCGUCGUCAUUACCCUGCACCGGAAGGUGAUGGGAUUGUAUCGAACGGUCGCCAUAGCCGGCACCUCUGUGGCAGCAAGGAGAGUGAAGAGGAGGGGUAGCUCUUAUCUGUGACUAUGGCUGCGAUCGCUGUAUGUGGCUGUGCUACAACAGCCUCCGGUACUGGUAGGGUACUUGCAGAGCUUGCGGGCGAACGGGCCAGACCGGCGGGCAAGGGAGAUGUCCUUGUCGCCGAAAAGCGUUCGGCCGCGUUCAUUUGUACCACGACGUCAUCUCGCAGGUCGCAGUACAGAUAUGGCCAUCGUGCUGCUCGGGGAUCCACGUGUCGAUCUCUCACGACGCCAGACGUGAGAUGGACAAAGAGCGAUUUGCAAAGUUGGAGCCGCUCCUCCGUCUUUGGAAACGAUGUGGCGGCAGUCUCACAGCGUAGCCCGCGCAAUCACCACAAUCGCCGUCUAAAAGACACGUGGAGAACUAGGGUAAUAGCGGUUGCGAGAUUUCCCUUCACGUUUACGCUCGGCUCCUCUCAAGAAACUCGCAAAAAACUUAAGGAGGAGCUUCUUGAUGCCAUCGCGCCACUAGACAGAGGCGCAGCUGCUUCCGACGAAGACAAAGCUCGCAUAGAAAAGGUGGUCAGGGCAAUCGUGAGGCCGAAGACCAUGGAUUGUGACUUCCUUCGAAUGUUGACGACCAAUGUAACGUCCGUGGACUCUGACUUCCUUCGAAUGCGCGGCCCAAGACGUGCGAGUGAUGAAAUCUUGGUUGGAAUUGUGAGUAGCUCCACAAUCAAUCAAGGUACUGCAGGUUGCCUUCCCGAUGUGAAUGCGGAUGUCAAGCAACGAGGCAUUGAUGUCGUCAUACCGUUGUGUUGCGUAAUCGUGGUCGAUCUUCGCAAGGUGCUCGCAAAGGUCCACAACCGCUACUUGGACGUCUGUCAACGGAGCUGUGCAAAACUAUUGGCAUUGCUGCUUGAAGAGUUGGCACCGGUUCUUGCGCUCGUCACAGUUCCACCUGGUCUCUGCAUGAGGACUGGAUUAGGAGGAAAGAUUGGGACAGCAGCAGGACGAAGAUUAGAAGGUCGAGGGAUGAGACCAAAACUUCUCCGGCCCGCUGGACCUAUCUACCAAGUCAUCGACGCCACCAAGUUGGCAGCCAUGAACUUUGAAACGUGGCCAUUUUUCAACAAGGUGACUGCUGAGUUGAUUCCCUUGUCCUCCUCAAAAGUCGAAGUCCAAUUUCUGUUCUUCAAAAUCCUUAACCUGAUUUCAAUCCGUCCACCUGGGAGAUUCAAAGGAGAGCUUGAUACAACCUACUUGGAUGAGGACAUGAGAAUCUCGCGGGGGGACCUGAAUAACCUCUUCGUGUUGUUGAUGGACGAUAGAAAUUUUCGGCUUUGAGUACUCCUCGUCGGCUUCGUUGCUAAUGAACGACACUAAGUGAACCUUGUGAAAGGGCAUCAUGAAGUAUUAUGGGAUGAUGAAGAAAGUAUUCGACUUCAGACUUUUGGAACUGUUACAUGAAACUUUAGGACAAAUCAGUCAAUUGCUACAACGGGGAUGGUGAUAAUUACCUUGUCGAAGCAGAGUCUUACAACUUUGGGAGCAGUCGCUUGCUACAAUGACUGUAGAUGAAAGUGUGCGCGACGGGAUAUUACGACAUCAAUACAGUCGUCAAUUUCAGACUUCACAGGAUGUGCAACUUUAGGACAAGUCCCUAUGAUGGUUAUAUCUCGUUCACGAAAGGUUUGCAACUAAGGGACCAGCCACUCACUACUACAAUGGGAGUGAUUACUGAGGGUUUUUUUUUUGCAUCCUUUCAGGUGCUCUUAACCUUUUGCAGUGCGAUGCCUGCAAAGCGCAAGGUCAACUUGGUUGACAGGUUGCCUGACGUGGAGAGACGCAGCUUCUGCUGUCAAA